AUGGCAUAUUCUUCAGUGUCUAGAGAACGCAAGGUGGCAGUGGUGGGCGCCAGGGCCGUUGGCAAGUCUUCCCUGACGGUGCAAUUUGUGGAGGAGCAUUUCAACGAGUCGUACUACCCAACGAUCGAAAAUCAGCUGGGGAAAACCGUCAACUACAAGGGAUUCGAAUACUCUAUCGAAAUCCUGGAUACCGCUGGCCAGGAUGAAUUUUCCAUGAUGAACCAAAAACACCUCAUUGGCAUCCAUGGUUACGUGCUGGUGUACUCCAUAACCUCUAGGUCCAGCUUCGACAUGCUCAAAAUCAUCAGAGAUAAAAUCCUGGACAGCACGGGCCAAGAUCAGAUCCCAAUGGUCAUAGUGGGAAACAAAAGCGAUCUCAAUCUACAAAGACAGGUAUCUCAGCAAGAUCUGAAAGAUCUGGCCCAGGAGUUUGGCGGAUGCCCUUACAUCGAGUGUUCGGCUAAGCAAAACGAAAAGGUGUCCAGAGCCUUUGAAAUAAUAGUGGGUGCUAUUGAGGAGCAGCAGAAUCCUACGGCUGAUCAGGAGGUUCAGGAAGGUUCAAGCUGUGUUAUAAUAUAG